AUGGCCGGGAAGGUGGCGCUGCUCCUGUGGGCCCAGAUCCUCGGCCUCGCUGGUGCCCAGACCACCCAGCUCCUGGUGGAGCCCCCCUGGAGGCCGGCGGUGCUGUGGGACUGGGUGACACUGACCUGCCAGGGCUCGGGGACCGCCGGUGCCACCACCUGGUACAAGGACGGGCAGCACUGGGAGCAGGAGGGACCUGAACACCUCACUGUCACCAAGAGUGGCACCUACACAUGUGACAGACCUGGCACUGGGCUCAGCCCCCCUGUGAUUGUCUCAGAAGACUGGCUGGUGCUGCAGGUGCCGGCACGGGUGCUGCUGGAGGGGGACACGGUGACACUGCGCUGCCGGGGUUAUUGGAAGAGCACGGUCACCUCGGUGUCCUUCUACCACGAGGGAAAGGAACUGGGGGUGUUCCCCGAUGUCACUGAGAUGUCCCUGUCCCCUCUGCAGCUGAGCCACAGUGGCCACUACAGCUGCAGGGGCAAGGUGGGAUCCUCGGGGUGGAGGGAGUCAGCACCAGUGACAGUGACAGUGCACGGGGUCCCGCCCUCGGGGGUGUCCCUGUCAGCACAGCCCCCCGGGGGACAGGUGGCACUGGGGGACAGCCUGGUGCUGAACUGCUCAGUGACCAUGGGAACAGGUCCCCUGUCCUUCUCCUGGCACCGGGAGAGCUCAGGGGCACUACUGGGCACCCGCCCCCGCCUGGAGCUGCGCCACAUUGGGGACAAUGACAGCGGCCAGUACCGGUGCCGGGUCAGUGACGGGGACAGUGUGGCUGAGAGUGACCCCCUGAAUGUCACCGUCCUGGUGCCCGUAGCCAAUGCCACCAUCACCCCCAGUACCCUGUCACACCAGGUGCGCGCAGGUGACAACGUGACCCUGCACUGCUCAGUGCAGGUGGGCUCAGCCCCUGUCACCUUCACCUGGCUGCAUGACGGCCAGAAGGUGGCCCAGGGUCCCCUCCUGCAGCUCAAUGAUGUUGAAGUGGGACAUUCAGGCACCUACCAGUGCGUAGCCACCAACCAGCUGGGACAGGACGGGCACCGCGUGUUCUGGGCACAUAGCCCAGAGCUGGCCCUGGAGGUGACACCUGGCUCACCCUGGGUCAAAGCUGGGGUCACACAGGUGGGGUCACCAGGGAGUGCAGGACCCCUGGGGUGA